AUGAGCAUGGCAAGCCGCCUCUCGGCUCCAAGUGAGAUAGAGUUUCCUAAGAGCAACCUUGAAGAGCGCCGUGCCGGCCUGAUCUCCAACGGCACGAACGCGAUACCUACACCGACCUCGGGGGCCUGGCGCUCACCGGGGAGAAUGUCAUCCGCAACAGAGGAGCCGAAAUGUCGGCGAUGCAUCCAAGGCCCCAGCUGGCACGGAGGCCCUCGCCUACCUUCGCCGUCACCGUGCACCGCCGACGGCACCUACAGCACGAUCCACCGAAAGCACGCUGUCGACCUCUACUACCAGGGGAUCAACGAAGGCACCUACAACACGAUCCACCGGAAGCACGCCGGCGACCUCUACCACCAGGGGACGGACGAAGAAAAGCCCACCAGGGACGAGAAAUUCGAACAAGAGGUUUGGAACUCCAUCCUCGACUAUGUGCCCGGUAUCCACAACGAACCGCAGAAGCUUCCCCGGAAAAGCAAGAAACAAAGGGAGCGAGCAGGCCGUGCUCAGAAGACAACUGAUACGGAGCCCUCCACCAGACAACCGCCAACCGCUCAGUCUCCAUCACCCGAGACCUCCGAAGUGACACGAGGGGACCAUGGCAGCAAGAGCAGCAGACCAGACCCCCAGACCAGCACAACCAACACGACUGCUCCGACCAGAGGAGUCCUGCGGGGACUGUCCCCCCUCGCUGCCGGCGCAGCCCGUGCCAUUCCACAGGCGACAAAAGCACCCGACGACGCCUACUACCAGAAGGCAGCACCACAGGGCGCGGAGCACGAGGCCAAGGAGACGCACACCCACCUGGUGCCCACCAAGACGAUCCUGGAGACCCACAACAACGACGCCUACUACCCGACUGCGUCGGCGUCUGCAUUCGACGCUCAGCCACAGACCGCCCAACUAGUCCCGCCAGGCGGGCGAGCACCUCAAUACAGGGGGCUGCACCCAGACCAGGACGUCUUCGAGGAUGCCUCCCCAACCCGCGAGAAGCUGGAGCCCCACGACUACCCCCAGGACGACAGUGGAGAACCAUCGGGGACCGCCAUGGAAGAAGUUGAGGGGCCAGACUGGAGCCGCGACAGUCAAGAUGAGGCCGACGAGGGGAACAACGACGACACAACCAACCAAAACAUAUCGGAACCGCCCAGCAGGUCAUGGGGAUCCAGACGACCGGCAGAGCCUGAAGGCCCACCGCCACCAAAGGCCCCCAAUGGCCGCACACGCAAUGCGGCCCCGCUAAGGGAAGAAACUCGCACAGAGCGCAACCGCCGCGAAAGAGCGGAAUGGCGAGAGAG